CCAUGGCCGUGCCCAUCGCGAUCCUUGACUGCGACCUUUUGCUCUAUGGCCGUGGACACCGGACAUUGGACCGCUUCAAGCUGGAGGAUGUCACGGAUGAGUAUCUAGUAUCCAUGUACGGCUUUCCCCGACAGUUCAUUUACUACCUCGUGGAUCUCCUGGGAGCCAGUCUCUCUCGCCCUACGCAGCGCUCCAGGGCCAUCAGUCCGGAGACGCAGAUACUUGCUGCGCUGGGUUUCUAUACCUCUGGCUCCUUCCAGACUCGCAUGGGCGAUGCCAUUGGCAUUAGUCAAGCCUCCAUGAGCCGCUGUGUUGCCAAUGUAACCGAGGCAUUGGUGGAAAGAGCCUCACAGUUUAUUCGCUUCCCUGAGGACGUACAGAGCCUGAAGGAUGACUUUUAUGGGCUGGCAGGCAUGCCCGGAGUGCUGGGGGUGGUCGACUGCACCCACGUGGUAAUCAAAGCACCGAAUGCUGAGGACCUGUCCUACGUAAACCGAAAGGGUCUCCAUUCUCUGAACUGCCUGUUGGUGUGUGAUGCCAGAGGAGUCCUCCUGAGUGCAGAAACACACUGGCCAGGCAGCCUGCCUGACUGUGCCGUGUUACAGAAGGCAGCCCUUAGAAGCCGAUUUGAAACUGAGCUACAUAAAGACGGCUGGCUACUUGGUGACAGCUCCUUCUUUCUCCGAACGUGGCUGAUGACCCCUCUGCAUAUCCCCGAGACACCUGCUGAAUAUCGUUACAACAUGGCGCAUUCUGCCACUCACAAUGUCAUGGAGCGGACGCUCAGAACCAUUCGAUCGCGUUUCCGCUGCCUGGAUGGGUCCAAAGGCACCCUGCAGUAUUCUCCGGAGAAAUCCAGCCACAUCAUUCUGGCCUGCUGUGUGCUCCACAACAUCUCCCUGGAACAUGGGCUAGACGUGUGGUCUUCACCAGCCACAGGACCCGUGGAACAACCGGAAGAAGAGUAUGAGCAAAUGGAAUCAAUGGACUCGGAAGCCUGUCGCGUUCGUCAGGAGCUUUUGCUUACUCAUUUUAGCUAA